AUGCCACCGCCCAACAGCCCCGACCCCAGGGCCCCAGGACGAGAUGGCGCGCCGCCAAAGAGCGAGUACACGGCCAUCGCGGAGCAAUGGGGGCAGGCAAAGCGCGCCGAAGCGGCCGGCGAGGGCCAGCGGACGGAGAAGCAGAGGCUGGAGGGGCUGGGGAAGCAGAGGGAGGCUCUGAACGAGCAGAGGCGCAAGGCGUACGAGAGGCGCUGGAGAUGGGCCGUCGCCUUUUGGGCGUGGCUGCUCGUCAUCCACGCCGUCGGCAUAUGGCUCUUCACCAGCGGGUUUCUGCUGACGCGGCUGGUGCUCGAGGAAAAGUCGCAGUGCGCGCUGCCGCCCAUUGGCAGCAAGCUGGCCUCACUCGACGUCGACGGCGGCUGCUGGCAUUCCAAGACGUUUGACCGCGCCGUCGUCGUCGUCAUCGACGCCCUUCGCUACGACUUCACCAUCCCCGAGGACCCGUCCGGCGCGCGCCGGUUUCACAACGCCCUGCCCUUCUUGCACGACACGGCGGCUGCCUCGCCUCGACAUGCCUUCCUGAGGCCCUUCAUCGCCGACCCCCCGACCACGACGCUCCAGAGGCUCAAGGGCCUGACGACGGGCACGCUACCUACGUUUAUCGACGCCGGAAGCAACUUUGCCGGGACCGCCAUUGACGAGGAUAACCUGCUGAUGCAGCUACGGGGCGCCGGCAAGAAGAUUGCCCACGUGGGCGACGACACCUGGUGGUCUCUCUUCCCGGGCUAUUUCGAGCCCAACAUUUCCAAGGCCUACGAUAGCUUCAACGUCUGGGAUCUCCAUACCGUCGAUAAUGGCGUCAUCGACAACAUUUUUCCUCUGCUGGACGCCAGCAGCAACAAUGGGCAGUGGGACUUGCUCAUCGGCCAUUGUCUCGGUGUCGAUCACGCCGGGCACCGGUAUGGACCCGAUCACCCUGCCAUGAACGCGAAGUUGCAGCAAAUGGACGGAUUUCUCCGCAAGCUGACGGCCGAGAUCGACGAUGAUACCCUGUUGGUCGUCAUGGGCGAUCACGGCAUGGACAGCAAGGGCGACCACGGCGGCGAGAGCGACGAUGAGGUCGAGGCGGCGCUGUGGAUGUACUCGAAGAAGCCCGUCUUUGGACGCACGUCGCCCGAGUUUGCGACGCCCCCGGCAACGGCCAAAAUCCGGCCCGUGAACCAGAUUGACCUCGUGCCGACCCUUGCGCUGCUCCUCGGCAUCCCCAUUCCUUACAACAACCUGGGGCGCCCCAUCGAGGAGGCCUUUGCCGGGCCGCGCGGCAGCGACUGGGCCAACCUCGCCGCAGUAUCGCGCAUGGCCUCUGCCGGCAUCGAGCGCUACCAAAAGUCGUACUUUGCCGCUCGCGGCGUCUCUCAGAGCUCGGAGCCGGGGUCUCCCGCCGCGUUGUGGGCGCUGGCCAACGCCGGCGGCAUGUCGGAGCGGGACACGUACGAUGCCUUUGGCAUGUUCCAGGCGAAAACGCUUCAAGUUUGCAAGGGCCUGUGGGCGCGGUUUGAUGUGCCGCGCAUGGUAGCCGGCGUCUUCAUCACCGCUGUUGGUGUCGUGAUCCUGUUCAUGUACUCGUCCAGGAGUCCUGAUGAUGCCUACGCUGUCAUGAACGACGUGGAACUCGACUACGCCGAGAAGAAGCUUGAACUGGUUGGAUUCACGGGCGAGAUUGAAUCCCACGCCGACCAGUACUACCACAAGGACAUGCUGCGCGGACUCUGGGGUAUCCGGUUCCUCUUUGUCACGGGGGCCCUCAUCUUUGCUGCCGUCUACCGUGGGCAGCCCAUGGAUGGGCUGGCUGCCUUGGUGAUGACACUGAUGAUGACCAGUGUCGGGACCUCGCUGCACGAGGGCGGCAAGACGCUCCUCAACCUGCUGCCGCGCGACUUUUGGGGGUGGCUGUCGGUUGUCUUUACGCUCAGCCACUCUGUGGGAUUCGCGUCCAACUCGUAUACCAUCUGGGAAGACUCGAUCCUCCUCUUCUUCCUCACGACCUUUGGCGUGGCCUCGGCGGUAGCCUCUUUCCGCAUCGAGUCCAAGGUGGAUCGCACCAUGGCCAUCUACCACUCGGUUGCGUUUGUCGUCCUUGGCCGGCUGGCGUCGUACUCGAAGCUCUGUCGCGAGGAACAGAUGCCCUACUGCACGUCCACCUACUAUGCGUCUGCCGCAUCGUCGACGUCGGCCCCGUGGCAACUCGUCAUCCCCUUUGUCGUGCUUGUGGUUCUUCCCUCGGUCAUCAAGUCGUUUCUCGUGCCGAUGAGGUCAUACGAGGGCCUGGCGCCAACCUGGAUCGGCUAUGUCUUCCGGGUCGGACUCUUCAUGUCGGCCGUCUACUGGGUUAUCGACGCGGCCGACAACGGCGACUGGCUAGCCGGCAGGCUGCCGGAAGGGACGCUCAAGGCGGUGGGCGUCUAUCUUGCGCAGCUGGGCCUGGCGCUGGCGCUUGUGGCUGGCACGACCGCCUUUGUAUGGGCGCCGCCGUGCGUGUCCAUUGUGUCGGCCACGUCCAAGACAGGUCAGGCCCGCGUCGUCAUCCUCGGCUACGCCAACACGCUCGGCGCGCGCUACCUCAUGUUGCCGCUCAAUAUCCUCGGGGCCUGCCUGCUUCUCUCGAAGCCGAUGGGCUCGGGCGCCCUCGCGCUCAUGCUGUGGCAGGUGCUCUCGCUCGUCGAGGUGCUGGACUACAAUGGCCUCAAGACGGAGAGCAUCGGCCCCGUGGUGCUCGCCAUGCUCGGCAACUUUUACUUCUUCAAGACGGGCCACCAGGCGGCGCUGUCGAGCAUCCAAUGGGACAGCGCCUUUGUGCCGCUCUUCACCAUCCGCUACCCGUGGUCGCCGCUCGUCGUGGCGCUCAACACGUUUGCGGGCCAGGUGCUGGCGGCGGCGUGCGUGCCGCUGCUGGCGCUAUGGAAGACGGGGCCCAAGCAGAGGGGCGUGCUCGAGGCGGUGGCGCGGGCGGCGGGCAUCUUCGUCGCCUACUACGCCGUCGAGGCCCUCGCCACCAUGAGCUGGGCGGGCUGGCUGCGGCGCCACCUCAUGCUGUACCGCGUCUUCAGCCCGCGCUUCAUGAUGGCGGCGGUGCUGCUGCUGGUGCUCGACGUGGUGGUGGUGGCGGUGACGCUGGCGGGCUUGCGGAGCAACACGCUCUCCGUGAGUGAGGUUUUUGGAUGGGCCGAGUAG